UAGUCCGUCCAUCUUUUUUUUUUUACAUUACACUAUAUAUAUAUAUAUAUAUAUAUAUAUAUAUAUAUACUUUUUAUACAUAUUCAAUUCAAACUACUUUAUCUCUCUAGAUGAACUCUGAAGAAGAGUCUUCUUCAACAUCAUCAUCCUCUUCUUCCUCAUGCGACAUUAUCAGUUGCAACCCUAAUUCUCUGUCACCACUGGUCUCGCACAAGCGAAAGGCCGGAAGGAAGAAGUUCAGAGAGACCCGACACCCCGUGUAUAGAGGUGUCAGGCGUAGAAACGGGGACAAAUGGGUGUGUGAAGUUCGCGAGCCGAACAAGAAGUCGAGGAUAUGGCUGGGCACCUUCCCUACCCCGGAAAUGGCAGCUAGGGCACACGACGUGGCUGCACUAGCUCUUCGAGGUGAAUCCGCCGCACUCAACUUCCCUGACUCAGCUAGGGUUCUUCCGCGAGCCAAUUCAUCUUCAGCUAAGGACAUACAAGUUGCUGCUCUUGAAGCUGCUAGGGCUUUUGCUUUCAAGCCAGCAACACCCUCUUCGUCGUCCUCACCUGGUUCAUUAGGGUUUUUGAGGCAAGGGAAGAGCUUAAGGAAGGCAACGAGACCACGUCCUAUUGCUAUACCACAUGAUAAUAACCAAAGUCAAGAAAAUGUUUUGGAAUUGGUGGGUAAGAUGGAGUUGGAAUUUGUUAAGGGAUCAGCGGAGGAGGUUUUGGAUGCUUCAACCACGACGGCGGCGUUGUUCUUGGACGAGGAAGCGUUGUUUAAUUUUCCGGGUUUGCUUGAUAGCAUGGCGGAGGGAUUGAUCCUGACGCCACCGGCGAUGAAAAAUGGGUUCAAUUGGGAGGAGGUGGAUUGUGACAUGGAGUUUACUUUGUGGAGGGACUAACAUGUGCUUCAUUUGUUCAUCAGUUGACAUGGAGAGAGAGAGAGAGUGAUGCAUAUCGAAAUCUUGGCAAAACUGGGUUAACUCAUAUUGUUUCACAGGUACGUUAUAUUAUAUAGGUAAUUAGAUCAGGUGUACAUUUGGCCUAUAUCUUCGAAUAUGUAAUGAUUGAUUACAAAAAUAAAAAUAAUAAAAUAAAAUAAAAUUAGAGGCGAAAUGAUUACCGUUCGAAAAAAAGAAAAAAAAAAAGAAA